AUGCAUCGCAGUUUCUCUUCUCUUUCUACUCGCUUCGUCCGCCCGCCUUUGUCUCGAUUCGCGCCGUCUUUUCCACCCCAGCGCUAUCUCGCAAUGGCCACCAACGGCGCCAACGGCGAUUCACGGCCGGUGUUCUUCUUCGACAUUGACAAUUGUUUCUUUUGCAAGCACCUAGAUCUCAGUACCGAGGAUGCGCAUAUGCUGCACCAGAAAUACUAUAAGGAGUACGGUCUCGCCAUUGAGGGUCUUACCCGCCACCACAAGAUUGACCCACUCGAGUUCAACUACGAGGUUGACGAUGCUCUUCCUCUCGAUACAAUUUUGAAACCUGAUCCCAAGCUGCGAAAGCUGCUCGAGAGCUUGGACACCAGCAAAGUGAAGCCCUGGCUACUCACCAAUGCCUACGUAAACCAUGGAAAGCGAGUGAUCAAACUGCUGGAACUUGAGGGUAUUUUCGAGGGGAUCACCUACUGUGACUACGGAAAGUUGCCAUUAGUCUGCAAACCCAGCCAGGAAAUGUAUGAAAAGGCAGAAAAGGAAGCCGGGGCGCCGAGCAGGGAACAGUGCUAUUUUGUCGAUGACUCACACCUCAACUGCACUCACGCACAGCAACGGGGUUGGAAUACAGUGCACCUGGUAGAACCAGGCAUUCCCGUCCCGCGAGUUCCCGCCUCGAAGUACAUGGUUUCUAACCUAGAGGAGCUUCGGAUAUCACCUGGUACCGUUAUUACCUUGACCGAUGGGCGCCAAGGUACCGUCCGAUUCAUCGGCACUACAAGCUUCGCAGUUGGAGAUUGGAUUGGCGUGGAAUUGACCGACGCUACUGGCAAGAAUGAUGGCGCGGUUCAGGGCGAACGAUACUUUGAAUGCGAACCAGGGUUUGGUAUGUUCAUCCGCCCAACAGCCAUCGGCUCGGUCAUUCAACAGCCCCGGCGGGAGAGUAAACAAACUGCCAGGACCGGCCCCAACGCGCCUGCAAGCCGGCAAUCGAUAUCUGCAGGCUCCAAAAGGCCCACUGGACUACCGCCAACUGUGGUCAAGCGACAAAGCAUCAAUGCAACCGGAACACCUACACCGGGGCCGAAGAUGGCCCCGCAGGCCUCCCUAAGGUCGCCCACAAAGUCACCAACCAAGCAGCUAUCUGCUACUUCUUCUCGCUCAUCGAUCGGCGGCGCUCCGCGAGCGUCGACUACCCGCCCCAGGCCGACAGCCGCAACCCGAACCUCGAUGGGCCCAUCUUCGACUCAGUCCGCAACUUCUCGGACGUCGCGUCCCUCAGGGGUCGGUACGACAACAAGAACGUCGAGGCCGGGGUCCCAAAGCACCGUGGCCUCUGCGUUGUCCAAACGUCCAUCCCUUCGACAGGCAGCCUCAACAAAAGCAUCCGACGCUGGCGACACAGGAACAGGCAGCUCAGUCGAAGAGCAAACUACCGCUGAAUCUCUCGAUACAGAAGGAGAAGGCGCACAAGAUGCGGAGGCGACGCUGGCACCUGUCCCUAAACCGUCAAGACAGUCUCUGACUUCAUCGCGCACAGCAGCAAAUCGACUCGGCUCCGGUGCGACAACGACGCAACGCCAAAACCAGAGUGCUUCUCUUUCCCGUGAACUGGAGGAGCUCCAAGCUAAACUCCGAGUCAUGGAGAAGAAGCGAGUCGAAGAUCGAGAAAAGCUCAAGAUGCUCGAGCAACUGCAAUCAGAUCGCGACAAGUUUGAAGCGAUUAUCCAAAAGCUGCAGGCAAAGUAUCAACCGCAACAGAUGGAGAUCAAUGAAUUACGCAAGAAGCUCAAGGAUACUGAGGCUCGUUAUGAGGAAGUUGAGCGCAUACAAGCCGAACACGAAUCACUUAUGGAAAUGGCGACGCUUGACCGGGAAAUGGCCGAAGAGACAGCCGAAGCGUUCAAGCAUGAAUGUGAGACCCUCCGACUGAAGAUGGAGGAGCUUCAGCUGGAAGUGGAGGUUCUGCGCGAAGAAAACGAAGAGUUUGGUCAAAUCACAAGCCCUGAAGAGCGAUCCAGUCAUGGAUGGCUGCAGAUGGAAAAGAGCAACGAGCGACUCCGUGAUGCGCUCAUGCGACUUCGUGAUAUGACCCAACAACAAGAGAGCGAAUUGAGGGAUCAGAUCAAAGAAUUGGAACAGGAUCUCGAGGAGUAUUCUGCAGUCAAGUCUGAAUACGAGGCCACGAAGGAAAAAUUGCUGGUUGCCGAGACCAAUGUGGAUGACCUUAAGCAGCAGCUGGAGACCGCGCUCGGUGCCGAAGAGAUGAUCGAAGAGCUGGCCGACAAGAACAUGCGGUAUCAAGAGGAGAUCAAUGAGCUUAAGGCUGCGAUCGAGGAUCUAGAAUCUCUGAGGGAGAUCAGCGACGAACUAGAGUACACUCAUAUCGAAACCGAAAAACAACUUCAAGAAGAGAUUGACUAUCGUGAUGGCGUUUUCAGCGAUCAAGUUCGGAAGAUUGCUCAGCAGGAUGAAGUCAUUGAGGAUCUAGAGUAUACCCUGUCUCGCUUCAGGGAGCUAGUUACAAAUUUGCAGAGCGAUCUCGAAGAUAUGCGGGCAUCUCAGCAGAUCUCCGAAACGGAGGCCUCCAACCUCACGACACGAUCGCGAGCCAUGAUGGACCUGAACAUGAAGCUCCAGGCCUCGGUAUCAAAGGCCCAAACGAAGUCCAUCGAUAUGGAACUCAAUCGAAUGGAAGCAGAGGAAGCCGCACACCACCUUUCGAUUGUGAAGCUGUAUCUUCCUGACUACUUCGAUGGCGAGCGGAAUGCUGUCUUGGCCCUUCUUCGCUUCAAGCGUGUCAGUUUCAAGGCUGGCGUCAUGAACAACACCAUACGUGAGCGAAUUUCUGAGCAGUCUGCCAUCUCGACCUAUGAUGAGGCAUUCCAUGCUCACGAGGUACUUGAGCAUCUCCUCUGGAUUUCAACAUGCCUGUUCCCGGAACAAUUUGCUAAUACCAAGGGUGCUUUGUUCGAAAUGGAACCUGUCGAGCGGACACUUAAUCUUUGGCUCGAGAGUCUGAAGAAGAACGAAGUGAAAAUGAAGAAGUUUGCAACCGAGCUGCAGCGAUCUAUUGCACUGCUUGCACACCUUGCAGAGACUCUCCUUCCCUCUAGCCCAGAAAUGUUUGCACAUGAGCUGUGUAUGCGCGCAAGUCUAUCGCAAUCCUACCUCGACCACGCGGCAUCUGUUGUUGUGCGGUUCAAGUCUUUGGUCCAAUCUAAACUCGCACCUCCGGAAGAGGGCAACGAAGAAAACUCCUUCGCCUUGAGCAAACUUGACGCUUUUGUCUCUCAAGCGCGUGGGUACAAGGUUGCCAUGGGUAAGAUUUCUCGAUCGCUGGAAGAUUUGCGUACACGCUCUCUCGCACUCUCGAAAGACGCCGAUGAGCCUUUCAGGCAGACAGAGAGCUAUACAAAAGAGCUCUCAGAAUUAACCCGAAAAGUGGGCGAGAAUGUUGCAAAUCUCACUAGCGAUGAGGGCCGCACGGAUCCUUAUACACUAGAGGAAAUUCUAGAAAGCAUGUCACAAGCCUUUGUAGACUCUGUGCCGUCUACUGUUGGCACUUCAGAGAGCAACGACCCUAUAUCGCUACUAACCAACAAGCUGCGCGAUAUUGGGAGCCAGUUGGAUGAGCUCGACUCGAUCUCCACCGAUCUCUCCCGUACGGCAGAAUUCGAGAGAGGAGCAAAUCCUUGGAUUGCCCGAUCAGAGGAGCUUAAGUCCAAUAAGACCAUUUCGCCAGAUGCCGACGAGGAGAUUCGACGCCUUAAGAAUGAAGUUCACGAGGUGUCUACCGCUCUUGGUGUCAAAGACAACACCCUUGAAGAACAGAGCAUCAAGAUUGAGCUCCUCGAAUCACGAAUGCGCGAGGCUAGUAAGAAGGCGUCUAUGGUGAAGGACCUUGAGAUCAAGAUCGAAGAGUAUCAGGCAACCAGCAUUGAGCUUGAGAAGACCCUCGAGCAGCAGAAGCAAGAGCUUCAAACGGCCGAGGCGGAGCGUGACGAGCUCAAAUCUCGCAUCGAAAGAAUGAAGCGGAUGUCUGGAACUGCUGGUGUCACGACCUCGGGCGAUGGCAUCGUUAUCGACAACGAGGCUUCCUUGGCCGCGAUGCAAGAGAACGAAUCUCUUCGCGCCGAAGUCGAAAGUCUCCAAGCAGCCGUGCGUUUCCUGCGUGAAGAGCAUCGUCGCUCGAACCUUCUUGACCCCUAUUCGGUGCAGCGAUCAACGGAAAUGCAUGCUUGGCUAGACGCACCACUCACUCGCCCUACUCCAACCGCCGAGCAAGAAAAGGUUCAGCGCACUGCUCUGGAGAGUCGGGAUGUUUUGACCCAUCUUCUUAAGCUGACAAAGGAUUCCCGCGUGUGCGAUCUGAAAUCUACAAUGGUGCCGCCAGCCAGCGGCAACGAUGCCAUCGUCAACCGUACUACAUGGCGCCCUUCCAAAUCUCGGCUCCGGUAUCAAGUACUCCAGCAGCGUGAGAACUUCGAACACUGGGCCGAAUGGCGCGACGACAUUGUGCACCACGAACGUGAACAAGAUCGUCUGGCUGCUGCCAAACGGGAACGGGCGCUACGUGACCGAACGCCCAGACACGCUCACAAAGCCUCAGUCGAAUUCCCUCAAGGUCUUGGGCAUGGAAUGAUGGGCCGUGCAUGGCAAAUCCUGGGCAUGCAAACCCAUCGCAAGAACAAGCCAAUCAGUGUACCUGCUCCAGACGGAGUGGAAAUCGUGUCUGACGAAUAG